AUGCCGCGCGAGCCGGGAAGCAACGCCUCGCGGCCGUGCGACUUGUCUCACGUACCACGACCGAUCGCGCCGCCCAAUCAGGAAAGCCGCGCCCCACGUUCGGCCAAGAAACAUCGGCCAAGUCCUUCAUCCGGCCGACCACAGCGGCCGACCACGAAACCCAUCGGCCACGACCGUUCCGAUAGCGGCCAUGACCUGAUAGACCGGCCGAUCGUCCCGACCGACAGUUCGAAUGCCGCGGUCGACCCAAAGCUGUUUUUGAAGCCCGAUUUGCACAAUUCAAGCCCAAAGUCGGCGCCGACUUAUCAAGAUUAG